AUGUCUAAGACAGAAGACAGGACCCCUUCUACAACAUCUGUUGACUCAGCAGGAUCAGAGAACAAAGAUGGUGCCUCUACAUCUUCCACACCUAAAGACUCGCCAUCAGGUUCAGUCUCUGAAACACCCAAGAAAUCAUCAAAGAAGUCCAAGAAAAACACAGAGAGUAUGAACAAAGUCUAUAACUCUGUGCUCAACAGUGUUUUUGGGGCGGACAGAGAGCUGGCACAGGCUGAGUUAGACGAGCUGCAAGAGGCCUUCAAGGAGUUUGACUAUGACCAAGAUGGCUACCUGAACUACAAGGAUGUGGCUGAAUGUAUGAGGACUAUGGGAUACAUGCCUACAGAAAUGGAGCUGCUGGAGAUAGUACAACAGAUUAAGAUGAGAAUGGGUGGAUUAAUGGACUUUGAAGACUUUACUGAACUGAUGGGACCCAGGAUGAUGGGAGAGACUGCGGACAUGCUGGGACUCAAAGAGCUUCAAUCUGCUUUUGUACAGUUUGACCUCGAUGGAGAUGGAAAGAUCAACCAGGAUGAGAUGAAGGAAGCAAUCAAGACAAUGCUGGGAGAGAAGCUGAAGAAAGGAGAACUGGAGGAGAUCCUGAAGGAGCUGGACAUUAAUGCAGAUGGAAAUAUUGACUUUGAAGAGUUUGUGAUGAUGCUCUCCAUUCGUUAACUCCUGAAAAGACUGACCACGGACAGAAUAAGGAAGAACAGAACAAACACUUCUGAAUCAUUCCACAGAUAGUUAAUUCAGCUAUUUCCCAAAUAUUCACAUUUUGAUAACCAGUGUUUGAGAUGUAGGUAUAGACAUCUACCACAUAAUGUGUGCCUAACUCUGCAAUAAUUGUAUGAAUAAUGAAUUGUUAACAGAGUGAGAAUGAUGCUGUCAUCAGAGUGUUCUUUUGGUAGAUACAUAAACUUUUUGCUGUGAUAAAUAAUGUAAAUAAGACUGAUAUGUUUUGCUAUUUUAAUAAAGAAAUCUAAAUCAGUGUUGCCUUUCACUGAAACAACACAACGCUAUUUUAAG